CGGAGCGCCGGUGGUGGCGGUGAGGUGACGACGAUAGCGGAGCGCCAGAGCGGGAUUUGAGGUAUUAUUGUCUGGUAAAUAUGAAUGAAUGGAAGACAAAGAAACCCUUAGAAUGGGAGAAAUACCUAAAUAAAGAAGUGAAAGUUACUGCGGAUGAAAAGAACACUUACCAGGGCUGGGUCUUCACGGUUGAUCCAGUAUCAGGAAGUGUUGUUCUGGUGAACUUCGUAGAUGCUGAGAAGGUGUCUGUUGCGACCGUCAUGGGCCAUGCGAUCCAGGCGGUGGAACUGAUUAGUGAGGGAGAAAGUAACACCACUGAGAGGCUCUCGGCCUUAUUCAUGCCCGUAGGAAGCAGGGCCUACAGCAAUGAGGAGCUCGAACAGCGGAAACUCCGCCUGAAGUCCUGGCUGGAGAAAAACCGGAUUCCUGUUACAGAGCAAGGGGACCAAAAUAAGACGCUGUGUGUGGCCGGGGUGUUGACUGUUUCUCCGCCAUAUAAUGCGGAAGACUGCAAUAGCUCUAAUGAAAUCAUCUUAUCUAGAGUUCAAAGCCUCAUCAACUGUAACCCUGAAGCUGGUGACAAAAAUGAAUAGAGUACCGGUUUCUCUGGUAAAUUUAGUAUCUGCAACUCCAUUGUAAAACAUUUACCAUUCUUCUGCAGAUACUCCCCAGACCAGAAUUAUGAUGCAGUUCUUAUUGCUGCUGUGCAGAGUAAAACUAAAGUUCAAAAUGAGCUUGUCAUCCAAACCGAUGUACCAUUUUUAACAAUCCAGAAGAAAAUCUCAUGUUGAGUUUUUGUAUGUUUUCAUCUCACAAGGUACUGUUGUAAAUAUACAACUUCCAUUCUGAAGUUCAUUAGUAAAAGAUAUAACAAAGACAACAGUUUCUUUGUCACUGUUAUAGACUUGAAACCAUACGCAGUUUAAUUCUGCCUAAUUCAGAAGUUAUAUGUACAUUAUGAAAAUGGAAUUUUGGGGAUUUGUAUCAGGAGACGGGGUGAAAAUAAGUAUUUGUCAGUACAUUCUUAUAAUAGAAUGGGAAGUGCUGUUUAGCACCUCAAAUUUAAGGAAUACUGUGAGCAUGCAGGCAAAUCUUAAAUCUAAAAUGGAAAAUGAUCUUGUAAAUCUGGCAGAGAAAAUGGAAAAAUGUUCAUUUUACCACAUAGUGGAGGGGCAGAGAGAGAGAGAGAGAGAGAGAGUCACCAAAAUGCCCAAAGGACAGGGCAUGAGAGUUGAGAAAAAAUACAAAAUGCAAGAGCAUAGAAAAGGAAGUACAAAAUACUAAAUAUUCUUCAAUGAUACCUUACAAUGGUACGACACAGGAACAGGUCCUUAAGCCAACAAUGUUGUGCUGAGUUACUUAAACUAGUAAUCUCAAUAUGUACAUAACCCUCCAUUCUUUGAGCAUUCAAGCGCCUGUCUAGGAAUGUCUAAAAUGCUUUUAUCAUGUUUGCCUCCACUACCAGCCCUGGCGUUGCAUUCCAGGUGCCCAUACUUUUAAAAGAAAAACUUACUCCACACAUCUCCUUUGAACUUACUCCCUUCUCACCUUGAAUACAUGCUCUCUAGCAUUACACGUUUUGACCCUGGGAGAUGAUACUGCCUGUCUGUCUACGUCUCUUAUGAACUUCUCUCAGGUCUUCUCUACCUACACCGCUCCAGAGAAAACAAGCCAGGCUGGUUCAGCCUCUAAGAAUGCUCUCCAGUAACCUCUGUACCAUUGACAUGAGAUUCACCAGUCUACAGUUUCCAGGAUUAUCCCCAAUUCCCUUGUUGAACAAUGGAACAUUAGUUACUCAAGCAGUUCUCUGAGACCUUGCCUGUGAUUAGAAAACACAAAGAUAUUGGUCAAAGCUCCUGCAAUCUCUUAACCUGGGGAUUUAUUCACCUUAACGUUCUCAAGAGACCCAAUACUGCCUCUCUAUCUAUAUUGAAAUUCCUUAGAUUAUGAAUAUGCUCCACACUGUUCCCAGUAUCCUCCAGGUCCUUCUCCUCAGUAAAUACUUACUUGGGACUUUGCUCAAAUCUCCUGCCUCCAGCCAGAUGUUCUCCCCUUUAUCCUUGAGUGGUUCUACCUUCUCCCUCCCUAUCCUCUUCCAUUUACUCGUUAAAAUAUGAACAACUUGUCUCUUCAUUCAUACUUACCUUUUUUCCCCAGGAAGGACAAGUUAAAUCCUAUGGGGAACAAUGGAAUCGUGCAUGAC